UUUUCUGGGGUCCCUGUAGUUUGGGACAUUGUGACUUAGAGAAAAGCCUGGGGAGAGGAAAUUGGGGCCAGAGCAGGAAGCUGCACAUGGCACAGGUAAACAGGUGAAGCACACAGCUUUGUGUGGUGAAGGGGCUUUGGACAUUUCUGGAGGCCAGGUCAUGUCUGCACCUGUCCCAGACACUUGGCAGAUUGGCAAGGCAGGCUAGCUAGCAGGGCCUGUGUGUGGGAGGCAGCUAGCAGCAGCACCAUGUGCUGUCGACCUCACAGCCACACUCCCCCUCUGGUUAACAGUGAGUGUCAGAACCACCCCCAGAACCUCAGUUAAGCAAAGAGCUUAGUUUCCAUAGAGACACAGCAUCCUUUCUCCAUAGCAACCUGAAAUCACAAAACCCAAGUUAGGUUCAGGAAUGAGUCAUCUGCAACCAGUAGGGGGUGCUCUCCCACAAGGCUGACCCCUCUGCAAAGCUGGAGCAGAUGAGCCAGUGACCACAGACUUCUUAAGGUGACCCAGGGGUGCGGCUUGGGCCUGUGAGAACUUAGCCGGUCCUGCUUAACCCCUCCCUCCCCCUCUGCCUAGUGUGAGGAGGCUGCAGGAGGUGCUGUGUGGAGGUGGUCCUCCCUCAGCUGGGGCCUGAUGAUGACACUGGCAUGGAGGGCUCCUCUGCCAUUCAAGGCUGCCCAAGAAUAGAAGAGAUGGACACUGGCUACAUGGAGUGGACAUACAAGAGUUAACUGGCGGGGUGUGACAGGGCGAACCGCCUUCAGGAAGUGUUACUCACCGCCAGGAAUGUGCACGCCUGUGCCUUGGGGGUUGGAUUCUCUUCCUGAGUCCCAGGAGAAGCUGAAGGAGCUCCCAGCCAUGGAAGACCCUGGUGAGACCGGAGCACACCCUCUGGGAGCCACCAGCCUGAACUUUGUACCUGGGCACCAACAGAAAGAAAAGCCAUCUCCAGACCCACUGUAUGACACACCUGAUGCCAGAGGGGUACAGGCAGGCGGGGCCCAACAACCAGCACGUAAAGUGAGCCUUCGGGAGCGGCUGCUGAUCACCCGGCCUGUGUGGUUACAGCUGCGGGCCAAUGCUGCAGCCGCGCUGCACGUGCUGAGGACUGAGCCUCCGGGGACCUUCCUGGUGCGGAAAUCUAACACUCGCCAGUGCCAGGCUCUGUGUGUGCGGCUGCCAGAAGCUAGUGGCCCCUCUUUUGUCUCCAGCCACUAUAUCCAAGAAAGUCCUGGUGGCGUCUCUUUGGAGGGCUCAGAGCUCAUGUUCCCGGACCUGGUGCAGCUCAUCUGUGCAUACUGCCAUACCAGGGACGUUCUUCUCCUUCCUCUCCGACUCCCCACAGCCAUUCACCAGGCAGCCACCCACAAAGAGCUGGAGGCCAUCUCCCAUCUGGGCAUGGAGUUCUGGAGUUCCUCUCUCAACACCAAGAUUCAACAGAGGCCUUCGGAAGCCCCACCGAUACCCAGGCUGAAGGCUCGCUCCCCUCAAGAGCUGGAUCAGGGCACCGGUGCUGCCCUCUGCUUCUUCAACCCCCUCUUCCCUGGGGAUCUGGGCCCCACCAAACGAGAGAAAUUCAAGAGGAGUUUCAAAGUGCGGGUGUCCACAGAGACCUCUAGCCCGCUGUCUCCGCCUGCUGUGCCGCCCCCUCCAGUCCCGGAGCUGCCAGGGACAUCUUCCAGCCAAACGGAAAGACUGCCCCCUCGACAGCUGCUGCAGAGGGAGAGCUCCGUGGGGUAUCGUGUGCCAGGAAGUGCUGCCAGCCCUAGCCUUCCUCCCCUACCUUCUCUUCAGGAGGUGGACUGCUGCUCCCCCAGCAGCUCAGAGGAGGAGGGUUCUCCAGGAAGCCCUACAACCUCCCCACGCCUAAGCCGCCCAAGGCACCGUCGGCCUCUCCUUCGCUCCAUGAGUUCUGCUUUCUGCUCUCUCCUGGCACCGGAGAGGCAGGUGGGCCGGGCAGCCACAAUGCUAAUGCAAAACCGAUACACAGCCGUGGGUCAGCUAGUGCAGGACCUACUGACCCAGGUUCGGGCCGGUCCCGAGCCCCGGGAGUUGCAGGGCAUCCGCCAGGCCUUGAGUCGGGCCCGGGCCAUGCUGAGCGCAGAGCUGGGCCCUGAGAAGCUGCUACCACCGGAGCGUCUGGAAUUGGUCCUGGAGAAGUCUCUGCAUCACUCUGUUCUCAAGCCUCUUCGCCCCAUUCUAGCUGCCCGCCUUCGGCGUCGGCUUUCCACAGAUGGUUCCCUUGGCCGCCUAGCCGAGGGCUUCCGCCUGGCCCGGACCCAGGGGCCUGGAGCCUUCGGGUCCCGCCUGAACCUUUCUUCCCCGAUGGAGACAGAACAGGUGCGCCAGAAGCUGUUGCAGCUCCUUCGUGCCUACUCACCUAGUGCCCAGGUCAAGUGGCUCCUGCAGGCCUGCAAGCUGCUAUACACAGCCCUGAAAACCCAGGCAGGAGAGAAUGCAGGCGCUGAUGAGUUCCUGCCUCUGCUGAGCUUUGUUUUGGCCCAGUGCGACCUUCCUGACCUCCUGUUAGAAGCUGAGUACAUGUCAGAGCUACUGGAACCCACCCUGCUCACUGGAGAGGGCGGCUACUACCUGACCAGCCUCUCAGCCAGCCUGGCCUUGUUGGGUGGCCUAAGCCAGGCCAGCGCUCUGCCACUCAGCCCGGCACAGGAGCUCCAGCGCUCUCUGGCCCUCUGGGAACAGCGCCGCCUGCCGGCCACUCACAGCUUCCAGCAUCUCCUCCGAGUAGCCUACCAGGACCCCAGCACAGGUUGCACCUCCAAGACCCUGGCUGUGCCCCCAGGGUCUUCGAUUGCCACCUUGAGCCAACUCUGUGCCACCAAAUUCCGAGUGACCCAACCGGAUGCAUUUGGCCUCUUCCUCUACAAGGACCAGGGCUACCAUCGCCUGCCCCCUGAAGCCCUAGCCCACAGGCUUCCUGCAACUGGCUACCUCAUCUAUCGCCGAGCAGAGCGCCCUGAGGCCCAGGGGGCCUCAGUGGAGAAGGCAAAGACAGGCAGCAAGAGGCCAGAGGCAGGAGCAUGGGAGGAGGAGAAAGGGGGUCUAAACAGUGAAGGGAAACCUGAGAUAGCUGUUGACCAAGAAGGCAAGGAUCAGGCCAGAGGAGGUCACAUACAGCCAGAGGAACAAAAGGCAGAGGGAGACCAGGCCUUGGAAGAGUAGCUAGGAAGGACUGAAGGUUACCUGAGCCCCAGGAGUCUCUGAGUCCACUCUUCCCAGCUGCAGAGCUUCCUUUACCACCCACACAGUUCUCUGUGGUGUCUGCCACCGCCUCUAGCCAAUCUUCAUGAGUCCACCUGCUAGGGAACAGGGAGCUGGCCAUAUAGACUAGAGCAGAACUGAGAGUUGGGAGACGGACAGACCUCCUGUUCAAGGCCCCUGGCUUCUGCCUCCCUAUAGCCCACAGGGAAAAAUGUGUCUGGUAAAGGAAAAAUCCACCUGCUAACCAUAGGGGCAUAUCGGGAGGGUAAUCUCGGCCUCCCCCACUGCCCAUGGGCACAGGCAGGGUUGCUGGAGCAUCAAGACCCUGUACAACUCCAGUCUCUCCUAGUUUCAGGGGUCAGGAAACCAGAAUACCAGCAGGUAGCAAAGCUCCCCAAACUAACCGCUCUUCUCAUCUGGUGUGCAGAGAAGGGAUGUGGCUGCUGUUCUGCGGGUUCCUGGAGUGACCCAGGACCUACAUGGAUGGUUGGCAUCUCAGCUUGGGCAGGGGAAAGAGAGGAAAGAGCAGGUGUUAGCAACCAUGGCAGCUCAUAGAGCAGCAGCCUCCACCAGGCAGCCCCCUCACCGUGUCUUCUUUCCCAGUCAGUUCAAAGAUGGUUAUUGCCCUAGAAAUCAGGCCACAGGAGAGAGAGCACCUCUGUCCCAGUCUUUUCUCAAGAUCAGAAAUCUGCUGAGGUACCUAAGUAGUUCUGGGAAAUUGGACCCUGAGAAAUAACGCACACUAGCAGGAAGAGAAGUUUCCAGUGUCUACAAACAUUGCCUCUGUAGUCCACUCAUUGUGCCCUUACUAAAGCUUGGUAAUGUGGGAUGGUGUCAUUUGUAAGCCCCACUGCAGUGCAGGUUAGGUAAUUCCCAAGACAUCCCAGCAAGCUAGCCCUCUAGGCCAGGGCAGCCAGCCCAGAGAGAAACCAUUGGCAAAUCUGAACAGAGGAAAUACCCACCAAGAGCCACAAGAGGGCGUGUACAGCCCAAGAAGCUGCUGAGGGUCACCCACCUUCACUCUCCCACCGAGCUCCAGGCGAUGGGAGGGAUAUGGCUAAAGAGAAUUGAAGAGCCGCAGAAUGUGGACAGUCGCUGGCCUCACACGCUUACAGCAGCUUGGGAAGUUCAGAGCAGAGACCACUUGCCGUCAGAGAUUCUUAGGAAAGAAUUGUUUCCAGACAAAGGAAGACCACAGCCAGUCUCAGAGCAGCGGCUCUCCUGGACCUCUAAGCACAACUUACAGGCAAUACAUGUACCAACAGGGGGGUAGGCUUUCAAAUCCACAUCUAGCCAGUGUAGGGUUCCAAACCAGAGUUCCUUGCCCACUUCUAGGCCCCCUCCCUCCGCAGGGGGGAGGUGUGUGAUAAGGGGUAAGUUGAUCUGAUAGCUGACAUCUGGCAUGGGGGAGGGUGGCCAUGGUUCUUUUGGCCUUUUCUCCACCACCCAGGAGGAGCCACACACAAGGCUGCUGGAUCUUCAAGGCUUUGAACAACAUAGCUCCUUAUUCCAUUAUGUGUCUUCCUUUCCUCCCUAAUCCUUUGUACAGGAUGAAGCACUCUGCAAGUGCUCAAUAAAUGGUGUCCACUGA